UACACACAGGCUGGGAGCGUGGAGGGAAAAGAGGGCUACUCCUCCUCACUCCUCCACUCCUCUUUCUCCAUUCACUGAGAAAGCUCUGAGCAGAAGCCUCUCUCCUCCUUGAAUGGACUCCAUCUCUCUCUGAGCCAAACACUCUUUUGCUGCUGCUGUGGGGGGACACAGUGAAGAUCACAGCUGAUUGCUGUGUUUCAUUUGUUUUUAUUUUCUCUCCUCAUGCUGCUGCUGCCAAGAAAAGUUGACUGCUGCAACUUUGCUCUGUCGCCAUGAGCUUUUGUCGGACUUAAGGAGUUUCCAGAUCAGCCGUGUAGUGUCGUAAACAGCUGAUGGGCAAGAGCCGAAGCAGAGAAGACUUGAAAGAGAAGAAGCUGUGAGAGAAGGACUCCAUAGAGUCUCAGAUAUUUAGAGGGUGGUGGCUGAUUUGGGUUUGGGUCAGCCUGACACACAGACAGGGAGGCAGACAGGUUGACAGAUCAAAUUUAAAAAUAGCCUACCUUUGUCCUAGUGUAUUCCCCUGGACCACAAUGGGUUCAGACGUACGUGACCUGAACUCCCUGCUGCCUCCGCUCCCGGCGGGCCCCAGCCCUGGAUGCCCGGCCCUGCCCGUCAGCACGGCCCCACAGUGGGCUCCCGUCCUGGACUUCCACACCGCCGCCUCCCCAUACUCCUCCCUGACAGCCCCCCACACCUCCCUGGGGCCCCACUCCUUCAUCAAGCAGGAGCCCAGCUGGGGGGCCACCGGCGACCCCCACCACCAUGACACAGACCCUCACUGCGGCCUCAGCGCCUUCACCGUCCACUUCUCUGGGCAGUUUACGGGGACCGGGGCCUGCAGGUACGGGGCAUUCGGGGCACCCCCACCUCCGCCAGCACCUCCGAGUCAACCGCCGUCUGUGACCGCCCCACACCACCACCAGCCCACCAGCAGGAUGUUCAGCAACCCAACAUACUUGACCAACUGCAUGGACACACAGCAGGCAGCCCGUAACCAGACAGGCUACAGCGCGGUUGCAUUCGACGGAGCUGGUAAUUACGGUCACACUCCCACACACCACAGCUCCCAGUUCUCCAACCAUUCCUUCAAACACGAAGACGCUUUAACUCAGCAAAGCACCAUGGCCGAGCAGCAGUAUCCUGUACCUCCUCCUGUCUAUGGAUGCCACACACCUUCAGACACCUGUACGGGCAGCCAGGCGCUGCUGCUGAGGAACCCUUACAACAGCGGAGAAAAUGUUUAUCAAAUGACCUCUCAGUUGGAGUGUGUGGCGUGGAACCCUGUCAGUACACUGGCAUCCACCAUAAAGAGCCAUACAGCAGGCUACGACAGCGACCCCAGUACCCCCAUGUUGUACAGCUGCAGCACACAGUACCGCAUACACACACAUGGAGUCUUCAGGGGAAUACAGGAUGUGCGGCGGGUGCCCAGCAUUGCCCCAGCCAUAGUGCGGUCAGAGAGCAGUGAGAAGCGUCCGUUCAUGUGCGCCUACCCAGGAUGCAACAAACGUUACUUCAAGCUGUCUCAUCUGCAGAUGCACAGUCGCAAACACACAGGGGAGAAACCCUACCAGUGUGAGUUCACAGACUGUGGCCGCAGGUUUUCUCGCUCUGACCAGCUGAAAAGACACCAGAGGAGACACACAGGAGUUAAACCCUUCGAAUGCGAGACGUGUCAGAGAAAGUUCUCUCGGUCUGACCACCUUAAGACACACACCCGGACUCAUACAGGUAAAACAAGCGAGAAGCCAUUCAACUGCCGGUGGCCCAACUGUCAGAAGAAGUUCGCCCGGAGCGAUGAGUUGGUGCGACACCACAACAUGCACCAAAGGAACCUCACCAAGCUCCAGCUGGCCAUCUGAGUCUUCUCUCAGCCUGUAUCAUGGUUUAACAUGUAAACAUCUGGCUUACAUCUGCUUAUAUAUUCUGUCUCCGGUUAAUCCAGACCUGGUGACCCUCUUUGCAGCCAAGAAACUAGCCUGUGUGGGAACCAGGAGAGUCCUAAUGGGUUCCUUAAAGUGUUAAUAGUAGUUGUACAUCUGUUUGAGUUUAAGAAGUAGACACCACAGUCUACCCUCUGAGCCAAAAGAGUCUUGACACAUUCAGAAUUGUGUUUCUAUUGCUUAAGUUGUCAGGUUUAAAAGGAUAAGACUGGUGAUAUUCUAAAUUUAUUCUAUUGCCAACAAAGCCCAUUAAAAGACCAAAACCAAGAAUAUGUUACGGCGUUUUCAAACCAACAUUAGAACUGCACGAAAACCACAGCCUCCUCAAUCAGCUGAAUGGGACCACUCUGUUGGUAAAAAAAAUUUUGAACUCAAUGCAACUUCAGUUGGUGAGAUGCUGUUUUGGCCAAUCAUGUACUUGCAAGCAUGCUGCAUUUCCACUAUUUACCUGCAAGUAAUAUAAAAUAAGUUGUAAAAUCCUUCUUUGUAUCAUUAUAAGCUGCUGUGCAGUGUUUUAGUGUCUGAUAAACACCAAGACACAGGUUAGAGGGCUUCUGUUGCAGUGACCAGUACCGCUAUGCAGCUAUCAGGUAUUAAACAGCUGUGUUUCUUGCUAUGCAGCCACAUAUAAGCUGACUUUAUUAUUGGGAGGUGAAGGGGAUGGUGGCUGGAGAACCAACAAUCACAUCACCCGUUGCUCACUAGCAAGUCAUCACUGCUCUUCCAGCUACAUUUAUUAGCCCCAGACACGAGUGUUUAAGAUCAAAACAUGAUCUUCUCUUAACCAUAAACAAGUGGGGGUUUUUUGUGCCUAAACAGAACCAAAACUUAACUACAACAUUUUUCCAGAUUAUGUGAACUGAUUUUUCAAAUUGAAAAAUUGAAAUAAAGUAUAUUAAAAGGAUAUAAAACAUUAAAGCCCAAGAGCUUAUUUCCAUUGUGAUCCUUAGGAACGUAAACGGCCAUUUAAUAAGGUCAUUGUGACAUUCUGACCAUACAAGUCGGUGCAGCAGGAGCCUUCUAAUUUACAAGACUGAUAACCACUGCUAACACCUAGUUACUAGAGUAGCGACAGAUCAGUGACUGACUUUCUGAAUGGUAUUUAUGAAGCCUGUAUCUGCAAAAGCAAAAAUAAAACCAAAAAAAAUAAUUAAAAUAAAAUAACAUUCAAAAUGCAUGGCAUAUUCAGCUGCGUAUAUGCUGCAGUAUGACUUAAAUUAAAUUAUAAUGCUCAUGUUUAUUGGAAGGAAGGAUCAUGUCACCCAGUGCAACAGCGUUUCACAGGUCUAUGGCAUUGAUCCCAUCACAAUACUUGCUAGUGAGAUCAAUUCAUUGUUGGUUUUGGUCUUACAAUUAAAAUACAGAAUAUCACCAGACUUAUCCUUCAAAGAAACCUCUCCUUAUUUUCAAUGAUCAUUUCAUACAGUCAGUCAGUAAAAUGGAAAGUAGCAUUUAAUUUGAGUUUCUGUUUACCAGUACAUUUUCCACAGGCAAGAAAUGCUGUGUAAUUUAGAUGUUAAUAUGAAAAUAUUCACACUACAGUACAUUUACUUUACAGAAGGUUCCCAUUGCUCAGCGUGAAUGCUGGUGUCUUUAACGAGCGUCGAGACACCCUGGUCAAAAAAUGUUUCCAUAACAAUAAUGUAGUGUUUCAAUCAUCCCUAGUAACUGACUAUUUUCUUGCCACCCUGUGUACAGUGAGGUCGAAGGUUGCGGUCAGCUACAUAUAUGCCCUGACAGCUUAAAGCCUUUUCAGCUGUAAAUAUCUUUUAUGUUGAACUUCUUUGGGAGGUUUAUUUAUUAUCUCUUUGUGGUCAAACAUUGCUUUCACUGGAAUGCUUUAAAAGGAGUGAGGUGUCAUUUUGCUGUGCUCACGCACAUGCUGUCCUCUCUGCCGUCUCUUAUAGUUUUCACAGUUAUAAAAAAUAAUGCUGGGUUUGAUUUAAAGGAUCAAAUGAAGUGAUUAAUUUGCAUCUAACACCCUCUGAAGUGUUUGCAAUGUAAGCUUUAGGUGUUUUGUCUGAUUAGCAUAAUACAUACAUUGCAAACACAUAUGCCUUUAUGGUUGCAUUUUAAAAGCUGAACUUUUUGUUUUUGAGUAAUGUGAGGGUUGGAUUUUUUUGUAAGUGCUCAGCGCUCUUAGAGCUAAAUUGUCUGAGUCUUUUGUCUUUGCGGUGUGUAAAUAUUGCUGGACUCUGGCAGUGUUUUAGAUACUGCGAGCUCUAAAAUAUGUCUUUUGGGUCACACUGGCUCUGUGGCCGGGACAUUAUGGUCAAGAUGUAAAUAAUACUUCUUCACCAUGGGAACUGAACUCUUUCCAUGGGGGAAAAUAUGUAACUUAACUGAUAUAUUUUAGACUUGUCUUUGGAUGGAUCCAGGAAGUGUUUAUACUUUAAUUUUUCUUUCUUUCAUGUGUAUUAAUAUUUGUGUCAUAAAACAGCAAAUGUCAUUGAAACAUUUUGUACUGAGAUAAUUGAAAAUGAUGGUUUCUCUCUGUUUAAAUGUAUUGUGACUGUUUUGAUACAGUACCAGUUUGCCUCUGUGGUCUUUAUUUAUUCUUUUAAAAGUUUCUUAAUAUUAAGUCGGCAUUUAUUUAUUUAUUUAUUAUUCUGUAAUAUAUCAUGGCCGUCGUAAAAACCCACAAGCAGGUCACAUAGUUUAAUCUGUCCAAAGUACUAAAAUGUCAACUCCUCCUCAUACACAGAGAGACAGUAAGGAAACACUGUUGACGUCAUUAUAUGUAAUUCCAUCAUUUUGAGGAUUAAAUUAUAUUUUUGGAAUUUUAUGCCCCUGACCUGAAGUCACAGUAUCUUAAAAAAGAAAUAAAGAAAGGAAAGCAAAGAGAGAGAAAAAGAAAUAUGUGCAAAUACUAAAUCUAUACAUCAGCUGACCUUGACCGAGGUUUCACCCUGUAACACACAGCAGAAGGUUUUUCCCGCCAGUACAGUAGGGGAGAGCAGGGUCCACUGGGACACUUUUGUAUCGACACGAAAAAAAAAACAUCCAUUGCUCACAGACUACUGAAACAGUAAUGAAAAUAAUUUGAUCCCUGGACAGAUACAAGUUUUUUAGAGCCAAACAUGAAAGGAACAAUUUUGAGUGCACUUUCCCAAAAUUCCUCCUUCCUGUGAUGAUUGCGACGGUGGGUAGGGUAGGGUUCUAAAUUUGAACACCAUGUAGUUAGGAUUGCACUUGUUCAUACAUUAUAGCUCAGCAAAUCUGCUAAUAGCUUUGAAUCACAGUGUGUCUUAUCAAACUCGGAAAAACGUUUGUCUUGUUUUGUCCUACUAAGGUAGAAACUAUACAUAAAACUGUCCUUACCGUCCCAAGCAGUGACGGACUCAGGAUGUUUGAAGGACGGGCGAAAAGGAAAAAAGGGCACCUACUGCAUGAUAUGGGGACAAGAGGGCAGCCAAAAGGGCACAUCCUCUCAUUUUUGCCACUGAAGAGUAGGGGUGGGAAUCUCUAGGCACCUCACGAUUCGAUUCAAUUCCAAUUCUGAGGGCAACGAUUUCGAUUAUAAAACGAUUCUUGAUUCUAAAACAAGCCAAUAAGAAAAUUUACACUAGAUAUUGAAAAACAUUUUUGUAGUAAAGCUGGGAAUACAUAUCCAGUUCAUACAAACUGUAUUACUUACUGUGGUUGAGAUGACUACAUUCCAUCAGUCUCCUCUGGUCCAUCCUCCUCAUCCACAAAUCUCAACGGGACUCUCCUGUCCCUCGUCGACCUCCUCGACAUUUCUCCUCCAGUAUUUACAAAACUACAACUGACUAUAACUACCUAUGAACAUAAAAAAAACCGAACUAUUGUAAAAAAGCCGAACGAUGGCAAAACUACUAACUAUGGUGAAAACACGAUGAAAACACAUCAAAAAACACUCAAAAACACGGCAUAAAAACUCAAAAGCUCUCAAAAAACCACAAAUACUAUUAUUUACAAUACUAAAUAUUAUUUACAAAGAAAACGCUGCCCAAACUCCACUAAAACUCACCAAGCAUGGAUGAUAUAUACAGAUGGACGACACAUCUCUACCUACCCCCACUGAAAAUAAGCAAAGCUAAAAUUUCCUGGAUACGGCCACUGCCAUCUUACUCUGGUGACGUCAUUCUGAGCCAGAGUCUGUGCAGUUGCGUUCUUUGCGGUAUCAAGUUUCCCGCCCAUGCACCCAUCCAACCAGUUGCAAGCAACACCACUGAAUGCAAGCCCAUUUGGCUCACACAGUUGUCAGUCAUGUUGUAAAAUCCCCAUUUUAUAGCAUUGAAUAGCUUAUUAAAACCAAACUUUUCCCAUUUCCCAACCACUAACAUGGAGAGGGCAGGCUUUAUGACCUAUACUGCAGCCAGCCACCAGGGGGCGAUCAAGAUGUCACAGCUUCACUUCUGGGAAGCUGUCAUGUCAUCCAUCUUUAUAUACAGUCUAUGGUCCCAAGGAGAGCAGACACACUUUGGGCUCCCGAGCUAUCUGCCGACAAAAAUUCAGACAGCUCACACUUGCAUUAACUCAUAGGUCAGAAAAUCACCUUUCUGUCAAUAUUUUCAUGUUUGGUGGAAGAAAAAUUAGAGCCAAAAAUUUACUUCAAACACUGUUGAUUUCAAAACAGAACAAAAUGCGAGGAAUAAUCAGAAGGUCUCCUUUUAGAGGUUCUAAAGUGAAGAGGGUGUGGCUGAGUAUGAGCAUGGUGAAUGGCAUCAGGAUAGUUGUUUUCUAACUUGUGAAAAAGGCACUGUCCCAACCGACCCCGCUCUCCCCUAUAUCCUGCCCACUGUGCUUACAACCAGACUUUUUCAUUUAAAAUUCAAACAUUUUUAGAGAGCAGGUUUGUGAGUGACAAGACAAAGGGCCAUAAUUAAAAAAAAAAAAAAAAAAAAAAAAACUCGACUGUGUACUCCAGUGGAUACAAACAGUUGCACAAUCAGCUCUCGCUCUCUCACACACACACACACACACACACACACACACACACACACACACACACACACACACACACACACA